AUGGCAGCCAGCAACGAUGAUGCACAAGUGAACAUCGAUGAUCUGAUUGAACGACUUCUUCAAGCACGUAAAGUGCCUGCGACGAACAAUUUGGUUCAGAUGUCGUUAGAAGAAAUGAAUUUCUUAUGCGAGAAAUCCGAAGAAAUCUUUCUCAAUCAACCCGUACUUCUCGACCUGCAAGCUCCGAUCACUAUAUGUGGCAGCAUACACGGUCAAUAUACUGAUUUACUUCAUCAUUUUGAUCAAGGCGGUUUUCCACCUCAAACAAAUUACCUUNGAAGAAAUGAAUUUCUUAUGCGAGAAAUCCGAAGAAAUCUUUCUCAAUCAACCCGUACUUCUCGACCUGCAAGCUCCGAUCACUAUAUGUGGUAUACGAUAAAAGUUGAAAAUCUAACUCUUGAAAUUGCUACAUAUGCACUAGGCAGCAUACACGGUCAAUAUACUGAUUUACUUCAUCAUUUUGAUCAAGGCGGUUUUCCACCUCAAACAAAUUACCUUUUUCUUGGUAAUUACGUCAAUCAUGGCAAACAAUCCUUAGAAACAAUAUGCUUACUGCUCGCUUAUAAGAUCAAAUAUCCGAAUAACAUAUAUUUGCUACGAGGAAAUCAUGAAUGCGCUUCAAUUAGUCGUAUCUACGGUUUCUAUGAUGAAUGUAAACGGAGAUAUAAUAUCAAAUUAUGGAAAGCAUUCAUUAGAUGUUUCAACUGUCUACCGAUAGUCGCGAUCAUCAAUGAGAAGAUCUUCUGUUGUCAUGGAGGUUUAUCACCUCACCUUGUUAAUUUAGAACAGAUCCGACGUAUACAACGACCGACGGAUGUUCCUGAUACAGGUUUGCUUUGUGAUUUGCUAUGGUCCGAUCCGAGUAAUGACGUAGAAAGUUGGGAUGACGUUCCAGCGGGUGUCUCAUUUGAAUUUGGCGCUGCUAUAGUAAAGAAAUUUUUGGAAAAACAUAAUCUGGAUUUGAUAUGUCGGGCACACCAAGUCGUUGAAGAUGGCUAUGAGUUUUUUGCUGAUCGUCAAUUAGUGACGAUCUUUUCCGCUCCGAAUUAUCAGAAUGAAUUUGAUAAUGCCGGUGCUAUGAUGACUGUUGAUCAAAACUUGACGUGUUCAUUUAAGAUACUUCCAUCGCACUCGAAAAGUGGUGUGAAGCAAGAUGAUAAAAAUCUCGGUUUGAACCAUUCAACAUCCAUUGAAAAUACGACCUUAAUCGAUACUGAUGGAAAACGUGUCAAAUGGGCUGGAAUUGAUGACCCUAUGCCGACGAAGGACUCAACGUAA